UGCGCAAAAGAAAACUGAAUUUUAUUGUCUGUUUAAAAUCAUUAAAUAAAGUACCUAUCUGACUGUGACACAUCACAAUUACAUCGUGGUAAAAUCGUAGCCUGGCUGUGUGUAGCCUUGUUCCUGAUUGGGUAUUUACGAUAUUUCGUCAACAAAGUGGGUGGUUCCCUAAUACAUUUCCGGAAACAUGGAGGCUGUUGUGAGUGAUCUGGUAGCCCCCGAGGACCUUUUGAAAUUCGAGAAGAAGUACAACAGUGAGCUGUUGAAAGGCUCUGUGUCCAGAGAGACUAAGUUUGAGUAUGCAUGGUGUCUGAUACGAAGCAAGUACUCAGCUGACAUCAGAAAAGGAAUUGUGCUGUUGGAGGAGCUAGUUCAAAAGGGAUCGAAGGAUGACUCCAGAGACUUUCUGUUCUACCUAGCUGUAGCCAACUAUAGACUAAAGGAGUAUGAGAAGGCCCUGAAGUACAUCCGAACCCUUCUAAAGAAUGAACCUGGUAACAAGCAGGCUAUAGAGCUGGAAAAGCUAAUAGACAAGGCCUUGAAGAAAGAUGGCCUGGUCGGCAUGGCAAUCGUUGGAGGAAUUGGCCUAGGGGUGGCCGGAUUAGCGGGCCUCAUCGGAUUGGCUGUGUCCAAGGGUGCCAAGUCCUAACAAGGAGGGAUGGAGGGCCGUGGCAGUGCUAAUACACCCCUUCAAGAUAGACUCAUUCUUUGACUCUGCUUAACCAACUCAAAGCGCAGUUUGAAGUGGCUGGCUAUACUGAAUCCCAAGGAAAGCCCUUGAUUCCGAAAAUGAAUAUAGUUUUGGGGAAUAAUGUUUUGGACUAAGUUCUGACAAUGGCUCGCAAACUAUGAGGGUUUUUCAAAGAUGGCCUUAAAUUGAAAUGUUUUCACAUUUUAACAGAAGUUUAGAUUUAAAGUAAAUUUAGAUGUUAUUGUUGUAUUCAUAUUGUACUUGUAAAUAAAAUUGAAACAUGUCUUUCUGCUUAAUUAAUAAACGUUCACAAUUUCCAUCUGUGUGUACGUUAGCAUGCACCUGAGCAUCCACUUUCCUGUUAGCAUGGUGGCAUGUGGGGUUUUGUAUUUAUUCAUGAAGGUGAAAUUGUAUUUUCUUUGUUAUUGUCACAGCCUGUUAAAAAAAAAAAAAUGCAGAGAAUAGGACUUGAGGGAAGUGCUUUAGGUUCAGCGGUACUUGUUUUAUCUUUAAGGAAUUUAGUCAAACAAAGUCUGCAGUUACUGCACUGUAUUCUUACAUUGAGGUAUUUUGCCAAAGUUUUGUUUCAACUGUUUUGUCAUGAGGGAGGCGUCCUUUGGAAAUGGGCUUUGGGCAUGAUGACAUGAAAUUGUUAUGCUUAAAGCAACAAAAAACUGCCUUGAAUGUAGGAAUGUUUUAUUAUUAUUUCCCUGGCUAAAGUUGAUUUGUUUUUCCUACACAAUGCAGUACACCUUCAAAAUGCAGAAUAAAGUCUCACCUACUAAACAUAAUAGAACUUAUCAUCACAAUUUGGAACAUCCAAUUUUCUAACAAUAAAUACUAUGAUAUUGGUUUGGAUUGUUAAUAAAAAUGUGAAGUUGCUCACUACAA